AUUAUAUAGGAGAGAGAUAGAGAGAUUGGAGAGAGCCAAAUCAGAAGAGAAAGAUAUAUAUACACACAGAGAUAGUGAGAUUCUAGAGAGAGAGAGAGAGAUAUGGCUAGUGGAAUCGCUCGUGGUCGUUUAGCUGAAGAGAGGAAGUCGUGGAGGAAGAAUCAUCCUCAUGGUUUUGUGGCGAAGCCGGAGACGGGUCCUGAUGGUACUGUGAAUCUAAUGGUGUGGCAUUGCACUAUACCUGGUAAAGCUGGGACUGAUUGGGAAGGUGGAUUCUUUCCAUUAACGAUGCACUUCAGUGAGGACUAUCCAAGCAAACCUCCGAAAUGCAAAUUCCCUCAAGGGUUUUUUCACCCUAAUGUCUACCCAUCUGGAACUGUCUGUCUCUCAAUCCUUAACGAGGAUUACGGAUGGAGACCAGCCAUCACUGUGAAGCAGAUUCUUGUUGGUAUUCAGGAUUUACUUGAUACGCCUAAUCCUGCUGACCCUGCACAGACUGAUGGUUAUCAUCUCUUCUGUCAGGAUCCAGUUGAGUACAAGAAAAGGGUGAAGCUGCAGUCCAAGCAGUAUCCUCCUAUUGUCUAAAACCUCAAAAAGAGAAGACACCAAAACUGAUGACAAACUCUGAAUAUUUUCCCUGUCUUGUGUCAUUGUGGUGAUUGUGUUUAGAUGUCAUUGGGUGAUUGAAAGCUCCUCAUUUUGGCACCUUCAGACACUUGGAAUCUAUUUAUUUUCGAAGAAAACUCCUUUUUUUCUUUCUCUAUCUAACUGUUAAUAUUCUUGGUACUGGAUUCAGUUGGUGUUGCUUCUAUAUAUUUACAUAACUAUGUUCUCUGGUCA